ACAAAUCCAAUUAGCACAACUUAAACCACCACCACCAGCAAUUGAAAUUUUACUUACAGAAGAAUAUACAGAAUCUAAUAAACCUUUUGUUUUUAAAAUAAUAGCAUAUAAUCAAAUAUUUGCUUUUAUAUCAAUUGGUGGACAACAUUAUCAUCAACAUGGUUCUUUAAUGCCUAAAGAACUUAAAGAAAAAGAACCUGAACCAAAAUUUGCUCAAAUAUAUUUUUAUAAUGGUGAUAAUUUUGAUAGCCAACUUAAUAAAAGAUAUGAAAUAAUGAAUAAAGAUAAACCAUUAAAUAAGGAUAUGUUAAGUGAACUUCAAUUUGAAUUGUUUAAUAAUAAUCCAUUUGUUCAAACAUUUAGAUAUACAAGAACUGAGAAAAAAAGUUCAAAUACAGAAGUAUUAUAUAUAGCAAUACAUAAUAUUCAUGGUAAAGAUAUGAGAACUUAUAAUGCACCAAAAGCAGAUGAAGUAGCUAUAAUAUAUGGUUAUGAAAGUGAUAAAGAGAAACCAAAUGAAAGAGAUAUUGUUAUUAAAAGAAAUGAUAAUAGAUUAAUAAGAAUAUCAGAAUUUCAUGGUGCUUAUGAUCCUAUACAAUAUCCAAUGUUAUUUUAUUUGGAGAAUAUAGUUGGCAUAAAA